GCUGAUAUUUCUUCCACCCAGCUGGAGAAGGGCAGCUCCGAUCAGAUGUUUAUUCUCCAUGAUCCGAAGCUUUGGGAAACACACACUCUGAUGACUGCCAUUGGGCCUGUGGAAGCCAUGCAGGCAUGUCGAAGCAUGUGGCAGGGCUUCUGGAAACUGUUCCAGCCUUGGAGGCUCCGUCCUGGCCACCCCGACACCUCAUCGGUGAAAUGGCUGCAACCACUGAAAGGGAUGAAGAUGGAAGAGGACGAGACCCUGCGGGGCAGCCUACCACAUCGAGCCAUGGCCUUAGCAGUGGAGGCCAAUGAUGAAGAACUCAGCCUGAAGCUGCAGUGGGAAGGGGCAGGACAGAUGAAGUGCGUAUGCCUCCUGAUGGCAGAAGAUGGCAAGCUUUUAGGAACACUUUGGGAAGGCCAUUCUGAAGAACUGGGCUUGCGGUAUCACUCCAAAACGCCCUCCUACCAUGAGGACACCGAUGACGAGGACGAGGACACAGUGUUGCUGGGCGAUCAGUUGUCCCUGCGCUUGGGCCAAGUCUCCAAGGAGGUCUUCGCGCUGGCAGUCGUCCUGGUUGGUAGUCAGGCACAAGCUUCUUGGGCAUCUGCUGAUGUACUGAGCCACUUUCAGGAGCUCACGCUGAGUCUGCGGCGGGAAGAGCAACGGCUUUGGAAGUACCGACAGCGGAGGUUGCGCCAAGAGGCCAACGCCUUGUGCAGCUGUAUCUUCUACCGUGGCCCGGGCCGGACUUGGCGCAUGGAGCCCAUGAACAUGGCAAUGCUCUUGAUGCACCUCAAUGAGGUGCAGGCGACGCCCAGCUUCGCUGUGUCGGAGAUUGCCCGCUUCACCGCACUGAAGCUGCGGUGGAUGGUCAAGGAUCGCCGUUGGAGCACCUGCAAGGAGGAAAGAGGUCUGGUGCAAGUGUUGCUCAUUGCUGUUCAUCGUUUCAAUGCUGCUGCUGCUGCUGCCGCCGCCACUGCAUGUGGACAGGCCUCCAUGAGCGCGGCAGCUGAGCGUGUACAGUCAGAGAAUUACGCGCAAGACCAGGAGCAAAGCAAUGGGAAAGGAUGUCCUUUAAGCACUGUAAGAGAUAUAUUCCUUCACUCAUUCCUCCUAGUCAACACUUUCAGAAUGGGUGGGUCUAGCGGUUUCAUUUGGUGACUCCCUCUGUGU